AUGGCGCACAAUGGAGGGAAGGCGCGGCCCCGCCCCCGGCCCCGCCCCCGGCCCGUGUGUACAAACACAAAAGGCACGCCGCGCGCGCCCGGGGAUUCCCUGCGCCCGCCGCCGCUCGCCGGGCUCGGCAUGGGCCCCUUCCCGUCCGGGGGUCACCCCGCGGCCGGCAGGGCCAGGAGAGAGGAGCUGCGGCCCUCCCUGGAGCCGGGCGUGACCGAGCCCCGAGGUCACCGGCGGGGCCCGGACCCCCCCGCGCCGCGGCUGCCGCGGGUGGCACCGGACGUGCCCCCGCCGCCAUUGGCGGGAGCGCCCUGGAAUUCCAUGACGCCAGGCGGGGCGGGGCGCGCGGCCGUCCCGGCCCCGGCGCUGCCCCCUCCCACGGCCAGCCCGUGCUUUCCUCCGGGAGCUCGGCUCUCGGGUGUCCUGGAGGGCCGCAGCGCUGCUCCCGCCCUGCCUGCUUUCAAAGGCGUGAGGAGCACCGCAGGCGGGACUGCAGGGGGCGGGGGCGGAGGCGGCUCCGUGCUCUGCCUCCGCCGCGACCGCGCCCGGGAGCUGAACAUCCCAGAAGAAAGCUUGUAUGUGAAGUGUAAUGGGCGCCUGGUCAGCGAUGAAGAUGAGUUGCAGAGUGGAGUUGUUUAUAGCCUGGAGCCGAGACUCUGUGCUGGAAAAGGAGGGUUUGGGUCGAUGCUGCGGGCCCUGGGUGCUCAGAUUGAGAAGACAACAAACAGAGAGGCUUGUCGAGAUCUCAGCGGCAGGAGACUGCGGGACGUCAACCACGAGAAAGCGAUGGCGGAGUGGGUGAAGAAGCAGGCGGAGCGGGAGGCGGAGAAGGAGCAGCGGCGGCUGGAGAGGCUGCAGCGCAAGCUGGCGGAGCCGCGGCACACCUUCACCGACCCCGAGUACGAGCGGCAGUACCGCGAGAUGGCCGAGCGCCAGGAGGAGUCCCUGCGCAUCGGCUUGCAGGUUAUUGCCAGCAAAGCAGUGUCAUCAGAAAGUGGCAAGAGUCGGAAGCGUCCGGGUGAUCCUGGAAAAAGUGAAACAAAAUCUGAAAAAAGAAAAUGUCCUUGGCCAGGAUUGGAUGAGGCCACAGGCUCAGGCUGUGAGGAUGACAAUAAGGAUGACUCCCCUUGUACAUCUGACAGAAGUUGUCCAUCAGGCAGCAGUGCUAAUGGAAGUGUUGGAAAUUCAGAUGAGUGUUCAAGCAGCUCUGUGGCUUCAGCAGAGGACAGUCCAUCUACCAGUGCAAGUGAGAAACCACUGGAGCAGUCAGAAGCUCCUGGAAGAGAUCUGCAAGGAGAGGUGUGCACAGCUGGACAGGCUGAAAUUCUGUCUGAAGAAAACAGCAAAAUGACAGAGGCCCCAAAGGAAGACAUCCAAGGAAAGAAUGGAGUGACUCAAGCUCAGAAAGAAGAGCAAGAAAAUGUUCCUGCUAAGGCACAGGAAACAAACCAGGCACAGAGCACAGAGGUAGAACCAAUAGACCUGAUGGCCUUCAACUCUGCUGCUGAGCUGGAAGCCCUGGGUUUAGAGAAGCUGAAGAUGGGAUUGAUGUCUUUGGGACUGAAAUGUGGAGGCACUUUGAAGGAAAGAGCAGCAAGGCUUUUUUCAGUGAGAGGUCUGUCUAGAGACCAGAUCAAGCCAUCCCUAUUUGCAAAGCCCCCUAAAGGGAAAACCUCUAGUUAGAUUUGGGAAUAUUUACCUUUUUUGCAUGUGUAUUUGAUGUCAUUAAAUAAAAGCUCUUGGUAUCCUUUCAA